UGGUUGGUCGGUUACGGGCCAACCGCAGGGGUGGAUGGUGCGGUUGCUGAGGUGUUGCCAAGAGCCCGGGAGCUGAGGCAUCGGCAGAGAUGGGUGCGAGCAGCAGCAGUCGGCGUGUCUCCUUCGGCGUGGACGGACAGCAGCGGGUCACGGUGCUGCAGGGCCUGCGGCUCUCUGACAACCUUAUCACAAGAUUGAAUGACCUGCCCCAGCCAAUGUCAAAGUCAUCAAGCUCCAUCUCUGCAGGGACUGAUGCACAAUGGGAAGGUAACAUGGCACUGAGUUCUAGUACUAAAGAGGAACUGUACCAGAGGUAUGGAAAGGAGAAGGUGAUGAUUGAAGACGAUCUGUCUAAGUUUGGUCAGCAAGAGCAAGUGGAAACCAUUACUGAACUCGGCGAGCGUGCAACUUCGGCAGCGGAGCAGCAGGACAUCAAGCAGCUUGCCAGUCAACUGGAAAAGAGGGAGGCAGAACUUCAAAAACUUGAAGUUUUUUAUAAAGAACAGUUGGAUCACAUUGAGAAGAAGAAUACUGAGUACUACAGGCUGGCCUCAGCACAAUUUAAUGAAGCCGCCACGAUUGCAGACACCCAUGUCAAGAAGAAGGUAUAGGAGCCUCAGGAUUCACACCACCAGGGGGAAACACCUCAACCAUCAAGCUCUUGAACAAAAGGGAUGACUUCAAUCAACUUCACUUGCCCCAUUAUUAAAAUGUUCACACAAUCAAAUGGACUAGCUUUCAAGGACGCUUCAUCUCAUGUUCUCAAUAUGUAUUGUUUGUUAAUUUACUUAUUAUUUCUAUUUGUACGGUUUGCUGUCUUUUACACACAGCUGGUGUGAUCUUUCAUUGAUUGUAUUAUGGUUAUUGGAUUUAUUGAAUAUGCCCACAAGAAAAUAACUCUCAGGGUUGUAUAUGUGCUUUGAUAAAUGUACUUUGAACCUUGAAAUUUGAAUAGCCUACUGCUUUGAUCAAGACUGUAUAUAACUAAUCCCCAACCCAGAAACCAGAUGCUCCUAUGUUGUCCCUUUUCCUAAACCCUUCUCCAACUCCACAUAACCCCUGUUCUUCCUCCUCUCUCCCCUUGUUCCAACCACCUACACUUUCCCCAUCUGAUUCUGGUUCCAUCUGCCCCAUGCCUCUCCCUUAAUUUAAUUUCACCCUUAAGAUCAAGACUGAAAAUUCAAGUUUAUUUGUCAUGUGUAGAUUGAAACGUACAGUGAAAUGCAUCACUUGUGUUAACAACCUGCACACACAAGGAUGUGCUGGGGAAGGCUCACAAGUGUUGCCACACACUCCAGCACCAACAGAGCUUGCCCACAAUGCUCUGCAGGGCAACACACAACACAAGAACAUGGACCACAACAAGCGGCAAAACAACAACAGCAAAACAAGCCCUGUUCCUCCCUCUCACCCAUGUAGAUACACAGUCAUAGCAUCAUAGAUCACUACAGCACAGAAACAGGUCCUUCAGACCAUCUGGUCCAUACUACACUGUUAUUCUGCUUAAUCCCA